AUCAUCUCUAUUUAAAUUCAAAAAUAUUGUAUCUUUAUCUAAAUCAAACCAUAAUCAUUACCUCGUACUAUAAAGGGAUCCCAAAUUUCAUCAUUGGAUUUUAGAAAGUUGAUUUUUAUACAGCCUUUUUCCCUGUUCCGAUGGCGGAUUCCUCACUCCCACAAGAUGCUCUUUUCCUUGGCUUUGACAGUUCUACUCAGUCAUUGAAGGCUACUGUGCUUGAUGCCAAUCUGAAUAUUGUGGCUGCAGAAUUAAUUAAUUUUGAUUCUGAAUUAUCACAUUACAAAACUGAAGGUGGUGUUUAUCGUGACCCUUUAGUAAGUGGCAGAAUUGUUUCACCCACAUUGAUGUGGGUAGAGGCAUUUGAAUUGGUCCUUCAGAGACUCGAAAAAUCUUCAAAAUUAGAUUUUGGGAAGAUUGCUGCUGUUUCAGGUAGUGGACAGCAGCAUGGUAGUGUGUAUUGGAAGAAUGGGAGUGCCGCGAUUUUAUCAUCUCUAGACUCUAAGAAAUCAUUGGUUGAGCAACUAAAUGAUGCUUUUUCGACGAAGGAAUCUCCUAUAUGGAUGGACAGCAGCACGACAGAACAAUGCAAGGCGAUUGAGGAAGCCGUUGGUGGGGCAAUGGAGUUGUCUAGACUGACUGGUUCUCGUGCAUAUGAGAGAUUUACGGGUCCACAGAUACGUCGAUUGUUUGAGACACAGCCGGAAGUGUAUCAUAAUACUGAGAGAAUCUCCCUUGUUAGCUCCUUUAUGGCAUCUUUGCUUAUUGGGGGAUAUGCCAGCAUUGAUCACACUGAUGGUGCAGGGAUGAACUUGAUGGAUAUUAAGCUGAGAGCGUGGUCCGAAAUCGUUUUGAAGGCCACAGCUCCUGGUUUGGAGGAAAAACUUGGAAAAUUAGCUCCUGCACAUGCUGUUGCUGGACCUAUUACUUCCUAUUUUGUAGAGAGGUAUCACUUCAACAAAGACUGUUUGAUCAUUCAAUGGUCUGGAGAUAAUCCCAACAGCUUGGCAGGGUUGACGUUAAAUACUCCAGGAGAUCUGGCAAUUAGUCUUGGCACUAGUGAUACAGUUUUUGGAAUAACUAAGGAUCACAAUCCAAGCUUGGAAGGGCAUGUUUUCCCUAAUCCUGUGGAUACUGAAAGCUACAUGGUAAUGUUGUGCUAUAAGAACGGAUCACUUGCCCGUGAAGACAUACGCAAUCAUUAUGCUGAAAAAUCCUGGGAUGUUUUCAAUAAAUAUCUGCAGCAAACGCCUCCACUAAACGGUGGUAGAUUAGGCUUUUACUAUAAGGAUUUUGAGAUACUGCCGCCCCUCCCAGUUGGUUUCCACCGCUAUAUCCUUGAGAACUUCACGGGAGAUUCUCUUGAUGGAAUAAAAGAGCAUGAAGUGCAAGGAUUUGAUUCUGCUUCUGAGGUUCGAGCCAUAGUAGAGGGACAGUUUCUUUCUAAGCGAGCUCAUGCUGAAAGAUUCGGAAUGCCUUCUCCUCCAAAGCGAAUAAUUGCAACAGGAGGUGCUUCUGCAAAUAGUUCCAUCCUAAGCUUGAUAGCUUCCAUAUUUGGAUGUGAUGUUUACACAGUUCAACAGCCAGACUCAGCUUCACUUGGUGCUGCUUUGAGGGCUGCUCAUGGUUUGCUGUGCAACAAGAAGGGUAACUUUGUGCCAAUUUCAUUCAUGUACAUGGACAAUAUGGACAAGACAUCACUUAACUGCAAGCUCGCGGCAACAGCAGGAGACCAAAAGCUUGUCGCCAAGUACGCUAUGUUGAUGAAGAAGAGAAUUGAAAUUGAGAAUCGCCUGGUCGAAAAGCUGGGGCGUUUGUGAUCUUGAGAGUAUCCAAGGCAGCAGGGUCCAAUAAUUUGAGAGUAAUAAAGAUGUCAGAUUAUUUGACUCUUUGUUUUCCUUGAUGCAUGAGAACAUUCUUUUUCAUUCUAUUUUCAUCUUCCAGUUAAGAAUAAGCCUAUUCUCUGUGUAAACAAAUUCGACAAGGCUAUCAGAUGAUUGAAUAUCUGAAUUCAUGAUGAUUUGCGCCUAAGUUUUUCUAGUGAUGGUAUAUAACUUAUAACUAAAAGAAUUGUAAGAUAGGUGGUUUUUUCUCAUUUUUAAUAAAUACACCGCAAAACUUAUUCCCAUCCUCA